GUUAACUUAUUGGUCCCCCUUCUUCUUUCUUCCCCCUCACUUACUUGGCGGAGACUGUGGGCGCGCUCGCAGUUGCGGCCUCCCGACUCUCUCCCCAUCUUCCCGCCGUCCGGCUGCGCUGAUCCCGUCAUCUCGCGUGAUUUCGGCCGGCCGCGGGAUUUCGGCGGCCAUUUUGGGGUGGCUUUUUUUCUUGCAUGCUUUCCCCUGCUCUUUCCCUCUAGCGCCGCCGGCUCCUUCCGUUUCCUGCGCCUUCUCCGUUGCGCCUGUGUCUCCCUGCUCCGGCUCACCGCUGGGUAACUACCCACUGUGAGCAAUCGCUUUUUCUCUCCACAGGUUAGCUUGCCAUAAUAGGUGUAGACCUUUAGAUAAUUUCAGAACCGUUGGCAUUGAUUGCCCUGUACUGCCCCUGAUUACUAUUUACUCAGUGGGGCAUUAUUACACAAACGUGGCUAUGUCUCAACCCACGGGCCAUACUCCAUCACAAUCUAUGGAGACAGGCAGGGAUUCUACCCCCUCUCCUAUGCCUGCGCCUGGUGGAUCCGUUUUCUCAGCGGAGGCUUUCCAGCGCUCUGUGUCUGAGGCCAUUAGGGCCGCUAUGGGCUCUGUCACUCACUCCCUCACCAAGUCUAUAUCAGAUGCCCUCUCUACUCACCCUGGUGUCUCCAGUGACACGGCACAGCCCGAUUUAACAGUACCUCACGCCUCCAGAACACAGUUGAUUGGUGAGUCUAAUGCCACCCCAGAGAGCGCGACCUCGCGCAAAAGAGCCUCAUCCCGCCAGGCAGAACGGGCGAGGAAAUGGAAGUGCGCUAGAGCACAGACUGAUUUAGAGAUCGACUCUGAGAUCGACUCUGACGAGGAGGUUAGAUGUGAGGAUCUUGACUACCCCGAUGAAGGUCUGUCUGAUUCUGCCCCUGCCGAUCCUACUCCGGCACCUACCCCGGCGCCUCCUGGCGUUUCGUCUGCUGAUGUCUUCCAGGGACCUUCUGGGGUUUUGACGGAUCCCCUAGGGGACCCCCUUUUCGAUCCCGACAGUCUCCACCACCCCAGAUCCGCAGAAUGGCUCCCGCUUGAUCACGUUGCUCAAUACCUAGCAGCGCGUGUUCGUUGCCCUCUGACCAAGGAGGCUCGCAACAAGCUCAAAGCCGAAUGCCCUAGACCCAUUGUUGCUAAUAAGGUCUGUGACACCCCAUCCGUGGACCCCAAAAUGGUCCAGUUUUUGGCAAAGUCUGGGUGGAACCCUAGAAGGGGGCUGGAGUCGGCCCUUAAGGCGACCCAGGACAAGCUCCUGGACCUUUUCGGCCCGUUGACAAAGAUCUUUGAGUUGGCGGAAAUCGCCAGAGAGACAGAUACACCCGUUGAUCCGGAGCAUCUCCGAGGUUGGGUCCAAAGGGCCAUAUGUAUAGCAGGAAAUGUGAAUACUUCCCUGUCAAUAGAACGACGGAAAGCUAUUUUGUUCAAGAUUGAACCAAAACUGGUCAAUUUAGCUCUCACUGAGGCCGGAGGAGAGGCACAGGGACUGCUCUUUGGAGAGUCCUUCAUUAAGGACAUGGGCAAGUUCGUGGGUGCCUUCACCGCCCUGGAUAAGGCACAAUCAUCCAUGAGGAGAGUGUUCCAGGGCCGUUUUUCCGCUAGGGCCGGCAAUUACAGGGGCCGUUCUGCCGGCCGUUCGUCAUUCCACGCCCGGGGUUCGGGCAGAGGCUCCUACGGUCAAAGAUCCUUCUCUCAGCGAUACUCAUCCCAGGACACCAGGCAAUCGCAGGGUUUCUUCCCAUCCCGUGGUGCUCCCAGCCGCAGACCCUUCAGAGGUGGUUCCGGAUUUCGUCGUCCCCUCGGUUGACUUUCCUGAGGUGGUUCUCGCUGGUUCCAGUGGACUGGCGGUUUCCUGUUACAGUUCUGCAGUUGCAGUUUCGAGGAGUUCCCCUCUUGACAGAGGUUCCGGAUGAUGGCUCUCCUGCUCUCCGGUUUCUGAGUGUUUCCCGUUCGGAUGGUUCCGGUUUGUUGCAGUUCGGUUGGAAU